AUGGGCACCUCGGUCGCCGUCACCGUCGCCUUCGCGGUCGUCCUCUUCCUUGCGCGGGCAACCCAUGCCGAGAUCAGGACAACGCUCAUCGUGUCGGACGCGCGGCCCCUGAUCCUCUUCGAGCAGUUUGGCUUCGCGCGAGGCGGCAAGGCCGCCCUCUCCAUCCGCCGCUCGGCAUGGAACCUCCGGCCGGGGUCACGCCUCGCCGGAGUCGACCCCACCCUCAUGGGAUUCGUCCUCAUCUCGGGAACGCAGUUCCCGAAGAUCAACAACGCGUCCCAGUACGCCGCCGCCGACCCAGGAGGCGGCAGCUUCUGCGUACUCACGAGCGGGUUCGCCGUCCCGAUGAUCCGGCUCAGCGACGUGCCGCCUGGAGGCGCCACCAGCAUCCUGAGCAUCGACGACCCCGACGAGUACGCGGUGGUGUUCAACAACUGCCAGGAGGGCGCGGAGGUGACCAUGGACGUGCGCACCGAGAUGUACAACGUGCGGGGCGGCGUCCCCGACGGGCUGAGGGACUACCUCCCCGUGGGGCUCCAGCCGCUGCCCAACAUCUACACCGUGGUGUCGGUGGUGUACUUCGUGUUCCUGGCGGUGUGGGUGUGGACGUGCCUGCGGAAGCGCGCGGCGGCGGAGCGGAUCCACGUGGUGAUGGGCGCGCUGCUGCUGUUCAAGGCGCUCAAGAUGGCGUGCGCGGCGGAGGACACGUGGUACGUGGAGUCCACGGGCACGCCGCACGGCUGGGACGUCGCCUUCUACGUCUUCGGCUUCUUCAAGGGCGUCCUGCUCUUCACCGUCAUCGUGCUCAUCGGCACCGGCUGGUCCUUUCUCAAGCCCUACCUCCAGGAGCGGGAGAAGAACGUGCUGAUGAUAGUGAUCCCGCUGCAAGUGAUCGAGAACCUGGUGCUGGUGGUGAUCGGGGAGACGGGGCCGACGGGGCGGGACUGGGUGGUGUGGAACCACGUGUUCCUGCUGGUGGACGUCAUCUGCUGCUGCGCCGUCUUCUUCCCCAUCAUCUGGUCCAUCCGGGGCCUGCGCGAGGCCUCCAAGACCGACGGCAAGGCGGCGCGCAACCUCCACAAGCUCACCCUCUUCAAGCGCUUCUACAUCGUCGUCGUCGGCUACCUCUACUUCACCCGGAUCAUCGUCUCCGCCUUCCUCGCCGUGCUCAACUACAAGUACCAGUGGGGCGUCAACGUCGCCGUCGAGGCCGCCAGCUUCGCCUUCUAUGUCUUCGUCUUCUACAACUUCCACCCGGUGGAGAAGAACCCGUACCUGUACGUCGGCGACGACGAGGAGGAGUCUGCCGGUGGACAGCUCGAGAUGGACGAGCGGGCUUUCUAAGCUUUAGUUCAUACUGUAGUACGAAGCAUGCACGUUUCCAAGUGUGUAUACAGUUUUUUUCGAUAAAGGGCGAUUUUAUUAUCUCAAAAUGUAGCAUCAAAGUGAUACAAAGCAUUAAGAGUAUCACCCGGCCUCUGCAUAACUAGGAUACACACAGCCAAAUACCAGUAGUCUGAUAAACAGAAAUAUAAAAGACCGACAAUUCGGCAACAGUAGAGUCCAUAGACCGACACUAUGCCUAUGUCGAAAGAGAUGGUGGACCGAGCCGGAGAUUAUGCUGCCAUCCAUGUUGGGUAAAAACCUCCGUAGCCACCUGCUCCAACAGCGUACACACCGC